AAGCAGGGAGGUUUACCCACUAAAUCAACAUGCCUGAUGUUUUCACUCCCCUGACUUCUUCAUUAAAACCAAUAAAAUCUGCAUCUCUGGCUCAAAGCUGCACCUGAUAGCACAUUAAAGGACAGUCCACUAAAGAGAGUAAGACAGGGCGAGAGAGAAGAACUGGACAUCACUAUUUAUUUUGACAUACACUGCUGAGAUCAGCUGAGAUCAGGUGGAGAAAUCUGGAUUUCUACCUGAUUGAAGUGUAUGUUAGGGUUAGGAGAGCUACAUCCUUGUAACAGAACUGGAAUUGUGCUAAGCCUUUUUGCCUGCUGAGGAUGGGGAAAACAAAAGACUCUGAGGUGGAGGAGAGACCCAAAUGGGACAACAAGAUUCAGUACCUGUUAACAUGUAUUGGCUUCGCAGUGGGACUUGGAAACGUGUGGCGUUUUCCCUACCUGUGUCAAAUCUAUGGAGGAGGUGCAUUCCUCAUUCCCUACUUGAUAGCGCUGGUGUUUGAGGGCCUCCCUCUGCUCUACCUGGAGUUGGCUAUAGGACAGAGGCUCCGCAUGGGCAGCAUCGGCGUCUGGAACUCAAUCUCACCACUACUGGGAGGAGUCGGAAUUGCCUCUAUGUUGGUGUCAUUCUUGGUGGGCAUUUUCUACAACACCAUCCUGGCCUGGGUGCUCUGGUACUUCUUUCACUCUUUCCAAAACCCCCUGCCGUGGAGCCAGUGUCCACUCAAUGAUAACCACACAGGCUAUAAUGUGGAAUGUGAGAAGAGCACUCCAGUGAAUUACUUCUGGUACCGUGAGACUUUGAACAUAACACCUGACAUCGAGACCAGCGGCUCCCUGCAGUGGUGGUUGGUCAUCUGUCUGGCCAGCGCCUGGUGUGUGGUCUACAUCUGUUUCAUCAAAGGCAUCGAGUCCAUGGGAAAGGCUGUGUAUGUGACAGCCACAUUCCCUUACCUGGUGCUGACUAUUUUCCUGAUCCGUGCCCUCACUCUGCCUGGAGCUACUGAUGGGCUGGUGUACCUCUUCACUCCUGAUUGGGAGAUACUGAAGAACCCUCAGGUGUGGCUGGACGCUUCCACCCAGAUCUUCUUCUCUCUCUCUGUGGCCUUUGGAGGUCUCAUAGCUUUCUCCAGCUAUAAUGAAGAGAGAAACAACUGUGAGAGGGAUGCUGUUAUAGUAGGAGUAAUAAAUAGCGCCACAUCUCUCUACGCCUCCAUUCCCAUCUUCUCUAUCCUGGGAUUUAAAGCUAACUCCGCCUACACUUCCUGUCUAAAGGACAACAUCUUGGCUCUGACCAAUCACUUUGAGCUUGCAGACCAGAGCAUAACAGUGGAGAACUAUCAUGGGUGGUUUGAGUAUCUAAAUCGUACAUCUCCAGAAGAGGUGACCAGUUUGAACCUGAGGCUCUGUGACCUGCAAACAUUCCUUGACCAGAGCGCAUCAGGUACCGGCCUGGCUUUUAUCGUGUUCACCGAAGCAGUGAUAGAGAUGCCAGGCUCGCAGGUAUGGGCCAUAUUGUUCUUCAUCAUGCUCUUCAGCUUGGGCCUCUCCUCCAUGUUUGGCAACAUAGAGGGAGUCCUCACGCCCAUCAACGACCUCAAACUAGUGCCCAAUUGGAUCCCUAAAGAAGUCGUAACAGCAAUCAUCUGUUUGAUAGCCUUCUUGACGGCUCUUAUCUUCACCCUGGGUUCGGGGAACUACUGGGUGGAGGUCUUUAACAGCUACGUGGGCUCUGUGCCUCUGCUCAUCAUUGCAUUCUUUGAGAUUACAGGAGUCAUUUAUGUCUAUGGAAUGAAAAAUUUCAGUGAAGACAUCUAUUUCAUGACUGGGUCGAAGCCCAACAUCUUCUGGAAGGCAUGCUGGAUGGUGAUCAGCCCUUUAAUGCUCCUGGUGGUGUUGAUUGCAUACUUGGUCAUCCAGGCACAGGAACACCCCACUUAUCACACAUGGAACCCAGCUUAUGAACUAUUCCCCCAAACUGAAGUGAAGCCCUACCCAGACUGGGUGUUCGUCAUAAUCGUCCUCCUCUGUGUACUACCUGUGAUUUCCAUCCCUCUGGUGGCUCUCUACCAACUGAUCUGCUGUACAAUCAAGAAGACCUCUGUUCGUGCGGACCUAAAUCCCCACUGCAAUAACGGCUUUGAGGUUGAAACACAGGAACAGAACAACCAGAGAGCUUAAGAAAUGUUGCAAGUAACAAUGUUACUGCGUUCCUGAACAGAAAAGGACUUCCUGAUGGUUAUCACUGUUUCUGUGGAAUUUUCAGCUUAAUUUACUGAACAGAUGACAUAUAAAUCAGUCACACUGAACUGUAAUAUGAACUUUCCUAUUGAUUCUUCACGAUGUUUAUGUGACCACUCACAUUUGUUUCAUCACUAACAAAACUGGAUUUAUUUAACAGUGAAAUGAUUUCCUUUGUACAUUGUUGUGUAGUGUACAUGAUGUAAAUAACAUUAAAUCAAACACAUCAUACUGAAACACACAACCAGUCUCUGAUUACAAAUUUACAAAACCCUAUAUUUGAACUUAAAUGUAGUCUUAACACCAUUAGAUUUUAAGCUUCCUGCUGUUCAUAGAAAGAACAUUAAUUUCUGAAAGAUUAUCAUCAGUGUACUACAUCAAAACUGAAAGCAAAUCAUCUUCAUCAUUUGACUUAUUCCUGUGGUGGCUGACAAUAUUUCUGUGUACUUAUUUCCAUAUAAAUUCUUUUCCAAGUGAUGUCAUUUCUUCUUCGUGGAAAACAAAGUGGAAAUCAAAGUCCAGAGAGACAGCAGUUGUGGGAUGAGAUGGGGUCUAGUGCAGUAGUUGGAAGGUUUUUAAUUAUCCAACUUUAUUGAUCUGGUGGUUGUUGUUGUUUUAUAGGGUGUGUUUAUGACUAAGGUUUAUCACUUAAGUGUUUUAUAUCAGUUGACUAAGGAUUGUUUUUCUCUUUUUCGCAACACUGUAGAACACAAUUUCUUUGGCACAAUGACAGAUCCUAUAAAUCCAAAUUACUGAUUGCAACACACUGCUCAUCUCACUCCCUCCCUCGAAACCUGAGGAUGACAAAGUUUUACAUUUGACAGAAAUUGGGUAAAAUUCUCAGUGCCUACAUUUUCAGACAUUUUAGAAAAGCCAGACUAAUACCUUUCAGCUGCUGAGGGUUUCAUGGUUGUGUUGGGAGCUGUGAUUUGGGCUAGCUGGUAGUCUACGUCUGGAUGGCCAAGAAGUCAACUGGGGUCCUGGGGUUAGUGGCCUGUCGGACCCUGGCCAGCCUCAGAUCCCCCAGACGCCGCUCUAGACUGCGCUUCCCUGUCAAGAGGAUAACAGCAGAAGAUAGGGAGAAGCUUUUUUUCUCUUUGGUGGCAAACUGUAAAAUUCAUCCAUCUGAACCUUUUCCAACACCUGUAAAAUUGAUUUAAAGGUUGCAAUAAAACUGACUUGUGUACAUGUAA